GCGGGACCGGGGCGGGGCGGGGCCGUCAUGGCGGGAAGCGAGGAGGAGCCGCGGUACUCGCGGCAGCUGUAUGUGCUGGGCGGCGGCGCGCGGCGUCUGCCCGAGUCGGCGGUGCUGGUGUCGGGGCUGCGCGGGACCGGAGCUCAGGUGGCGACGGCGCUGGUGCUGGCGGGGACCGGGCGCGUCGUCCUGCACGACUGCGGUGCGGUCUGCACCGCCGACCGCGCCCACCAGUUCCUCCUGGGAGAGAGUGAUCUAGGCCAGAACCGUGCCAAGGCAUCCCAGCGGGCCCUGGCUGAGCUGAACCCCUGUGUGGUGGUCAAGGCUCACACCGAGGGGCUGUCGGAGGCCUUCCUUGCCUCCUUCCAGGUGGUGGUGCUGACUGAGUCCCCGCUGGAGGAGCAGCUCCGCAUUGGGGAAUUCUGCCAUGCCCGGGGCAUCUGCUUCAUCGUGGCUGACACCAAGGGGCUGGCAGGGCAGGUGUUCUGUGACUUUGGGGAGUGCUUUGUCGUUGAUGACCCAGCAGAAGGGGAUCCAGUGUCUGCUGCUGUGGAGCACAUCUCUCAGGGCAACCCAGGAGUGGUGACAUACAUGGGGACAGAGAACAGCCAUGGCCAUCUCUUCCGUGACGGUGACCUGGUGACGUUUUCUGGCGUGCAGGGGAUGACAGAGCUGAAUGGCCACGAGCCCGUCCCUGUGCGUGUGCUCGAUGCCUUCAGACUGGAGAUCAGUGACACCAGCUCCUUCUCACCCUACCGCUGUGGGGGUCAGGUUUCACAGGUGCAGCAGCCCCAGGAGUGUUCCCACAAGUCCCUGUGCCAGGCACUGGAGGAGCCCAAAAUCCAGGUGGCAAGUCCCGAGGAUCUGCCACGCAGCUGCAGCCUGCACGCCGCCUUCCAGGCCCUUCACGCGUUCCGCAGGGAGCAGGGCCGCCUGCCGCGGCCCAGGGCACCCGCGGACGCCGAGCGGGUGCUGGCGCUGGCGCGGAGCCUGGGAGCACAGCAGGGUCCCCUGGAUGAGGACAUGGUGCGCGCCUUCGCCAGCGUGAGCGCGGGGGACCUGUGCCCCGUGGCCGCCGUGGUCGGGGCGCUGGCGGCCCAGGAGGUGCUGAAGGCCAUCACUCGGAAGUUCCUGCCCCUGGACCAGUGGUUGUACUUCGAUGCCCUGGAGUGCCUGGCGCUGCCGGGGGCUGCGCAGCUGACAGAGACGGACUGUGCCCCGAGAGGCUCUCGCUACGAUGGUCAGAUUGCCGUCUUCGGGGCCAAUUUCCAGGAGAAGCUGGGUCACCAGAAGUACCUGGUGGUGGGAGCUGGUGCCAUCGGCUGCGAGCUGCUGAAAAACUUUGCCAUGAUGGGGCUGGCGGCAGGGCCGGAUGGAGAGCUCAUCGUCACUGACAUGGACACCGUUGCCCUCUCCAACCUCCAUCGGCAACUUCUUUAUCGCUCAGCAGAUAUAUCAGAGCCAAAAUCGGUGGUGGCCGCAGCAGCCGUGCAGCGCAUGAACCCUGAUGUCAGAGUGACAGCUCACCAGAACCAGGUGGGACCUGCUACCGAGAUACUCUACAAGGACAACUUCUUCCGGCACCUGGAUGGCGUUGCCAGCGCCCUGGACACGAUAGAGGCCCGCGCCUAUUUGGAGAGACGCUGUCUGUGCUGCCACACACCACUGCUGGACUCAGGCACGGAGGGGACACGGGGGAACGUGCUGGCCAUGGUACCGUCCCUGACCAAGCCUCUGGGGCCAGCCAGUACCGCCAGGGAUGGCACCUUCCCCCUCUGCACCCUGCGGCACUUCCCCCGCACCAUCCAGCACACACUGCAGUGGGCCCGUGAGGAGUUUGAGGGGCUUUUCCAGCUACCUGCAGAGCAAGUCAACAAAUUCAUGGAGGACCCAGCUUUCCUGGAGCAGCAGCUGCCAGGGAAGGUCCUGGAGCAGGUGUGGGACAGCCUGCGGGAGCGGCCGCAGGACUGGCGGGACUGUGUGCGCUGGGCCCGCCGGCGCUGGCAGAGCUGCUACCACGAUGCCAUCGCCCAGCUGCUGCACAUCUACCCCCCAGAGCAUGAAACCAGCCCGGGUGUCCCCUUCUGGGCUGGGGACAGGAGCUGUCCCCAUCCACUGACAUUCAACCCUGACAAUGACACCCACCUGGAUUAUGUUCUGGUUGCUGCCCAGCUCUUUGCCCAAGUACACAGGGUGCCACCAUGCAUGGACCGGGCGGCCAUCCAGGCUGUCCUCCGUGAUGUGGUCCUGCCACCCUUUGCACCCCAGGAAGGGCUCCAGAUCCCCCUCACAGAGGAACCCACAGAGGCACAAGUUCUCACAGAUCACAGGCAGCUGACAGAGGUUACCCAGGACCUGCUGCAGUGGAGACAGGAGCUGGUGGGGGAUGAGGACACACAUGCACCCUUGAUGGAGCCCAUCCACUUUGAGAAGGACAACAAUGUCCACAUAGACUUUAUCACAGCAGCGUCCAACCUGCGUGCAGAGAACUAUGGCAUCUCCCCUGCCAGCUGGCUGACGAGCAAGCGAAUUGCUGGGCGGAUCGUGCCCGCCAUCAUCACCACCACAGCAGCCGUGGCCGGGCUGGCGUGCCUGGAGGUCUACAAGCUGGUGUGGGGGUGCCAGGACCUCAGCUGCUACCGCAACAGCAACAUCAGCCUGGCCGCCUGCCUGCUGCUCCGUGUGCAGCCCCCGCCAGCCCCCACCUACCGGGUAGGACCCUCUCCCCCGGCAAAGUGCAGGGGGGGGACACGACGGGGCCAGUGGCAUCUGCUGUGGGACAAUGCCAAAGGGACCCAGGGGAAAGGAGGUGGCCAUGCAGCAAGGGCAGCCCGGGCCAUAGCACUCCAGAAAUGGAUCUGGGUGCCGCAGUGGGUUGGGAAUGCUGCCAGGCAGUGUGGAACCAGCUCCUUCCCCUGGCUGACCCUCAGCAGUGUGCCAUCACCAAGCUUCAGGCCCAGCUGUGAUGCUCUGGGGUGCCCCACGGCAGGCCCCACGCUGAGCCCCACAGCCAGGGUGGGAGGCUGCUGCGGCCGCACUCAUCUGGCUUAUGGAAACCAGCUGCGGCAGCCGGAGAGCAGCUGGCACCGGGCCGGGAAGCGCCGCCCGGGGGAGCGGGGCCGGGGGUCCCGGCGGUGGGGAACCAGGGAGGGAGAGCGGGGGUGGGGGCAGCCCAGAUUGGGACCGGCUGGGCUAUAGAGGCCCCUUUGUCUGGGGGUUUAUGGCGUGCGAGGCAGCCCUUCCGGCACGGCAGGAAGCGCCGAUUGGAACCAGACUGGCCCGGGGGGCCCAGGGCCGGGGGCAGGAAGAGGGGGAGGGAGGCGACUCCACCGCCUUGCGCCGGCUCCAGCACCGCUGAGGGCUGCCCCGCCGCCCCCUCAAACCCCACACCCAGCCCUGUGCCAUCCUGGCUGUAGCGGCCCUGGGUUGGCAUCAUCCCCGGAUGGAGGAUGCUGCUGGGUCUGGCCAUGCCCUCAGGUCCCUGCAGCAGUACCCAACACCUCCAUGUGCCAGGGCAAGGACAUCCGGUGUGACAUUUCACACCCAGCUGCUUGGCUGUGGUGGGAACACAUGUCCCCAAGGCCUGCUUGGUGUGACCUAUGUCCCCAUGGGGACCUGGGGCACCCAUGCUGGGGGCCAGCCUUGUCCAGAGGAAUAUGGUUCCCAGGACCAGGACAAUGUACUUUGGUGGUGGAGGGCUGGGCCAUGGCUUUCCCUGUGUGCCGAACAGUUACUGCCCUGGUGAGGAUGGGGUUAAGCCCUUCCCACCAGUGGGAUAAGUGCAGGCAGAAGGCGGAGGUGAGAAGGCAGCAGAAAGCAGGAGGGAGAGUGACCAGGUGUGAACACCCCCCCGAGUGGGGCUGGGGCCAGGCAGGCAGUGCUGGCACUGCCCGCAGCGAGGGCAGAUGGCCCUGUAGCCCUGCCAGACGGCGUGGGGCCGCGUCCGAUGCUUGGCCCCAGGCUUGGCACCACACUGGCCUCCUUGGGCUGGAGCAGGGGUCGUGGGGCCACAGGCAUGAGAAGAGAUGAUUGUGUGGGGCUGGGCAACUCUUCAAUGGCCUUUUGUGUGCCUGUCCUGGCCCGGGGCUAGGGGCAGUGCUGGCCCCACACUGACACUGACCCUUGAAGUGGACCCCAGCAGUGCUGGGGGCAUAGUUGUAUCCCCCACUGCCCCUGCACCACCA